AGAUAAUAAUAAUAAUGACCUAUUAUUUUCAUGUGAUAUUAAAAUAUUUUUAUUAAUUCCAUGGUAAAUCCAUAGUUAUAUGAGAUGGGGUGCAUGUAAAAACUUUUUUUAAUCAGCAGUCGUUAAAAGAGAUGUAAACAAAUUGUUUAUUAAAACUUCUAUCAAUUUUUCAACAUAACUCUUUUCAUAUUAACUUCAAAUGUAAAAUUAUGCUAAAACUGUUUUAAACGUGAUAAAAAUUUAAAAAAAUAAAAGAUUAAAAAUGCAAGAUUCUAAAAUUAAUACAGAAACCAAAUCUGUUGAGGGUAGUGCAUCAUUAUGGAUUUUAAAUCGCUUGAAAAACAAAAAUGAUACAACAUUGAAAACAUUUACUCUAAAAUUUGGGCCGAAUACAAUUGGUAGAGCUCUACACAAUGACAUUAUUUUGGAAAAUGAAAAUAUUUCUAAAAGCCACUGUCGAAUAUGGAUUGAAAAUAACAAUAUACCAAUUUUAGAUGAAAUAGAUAGUCGCAAUGGAACAUAUGUUAAAGAUACAAAAAUUGAAAGACUUGAACGGUAUAAGUUAAUCGAUAAUGACAUAAUAUAUCUUUCAGGUGCCACACUAGGUGUCACACUUCAAAUAUGUACAACAUUUAAGGUUGAUAAAAAAACAAACACUUCUUUAGUAUUAUCAGACUGUAAUGUAACUAAAAAACUAAAACGGUCAAGUGAUGAAUUAAAAUCUGAUUGUAUUGAUUCUACUUUUGACAAUAAAAACCAAAGGGGUUUUGAUAAUAGUGCUCCUAUCAUAAUGCCUUUGGAUGUUACAAAUGAACCAAUUAAUUUAAAAGAAAUUUGGGCUACAGAAUGGGCCUUGAAAUUUAUUGAACAUAUGAAUACAACAGAAUCAGGUGAUAGUGAUAGUUUAGAAUCCUGUUGUUUGUCAAUAAAUAAUAGUAUAUUGAAUGUUGAAGAAAAAAAUCAAGAUAACAAUAAUAUAAAAAUUAAAUAUAAUCAAAAAAAUAAUAAAAUAUUUAAUAAUCAAAAUCUUCCUAUAACUUGUUCAACUUCAUUUGAUAUUUUGAAUAAAGAUGAAUCAUCAACAUCUAUUGAACUUCAUCAACACCAUAACAAUUCAGAAAUAGUUGUUGAAACUAUAAAUCAAAAUAAUGAAAUGGUAAAUUCAAUGGACAAAACUUCAACAAAUCAAAAUAUAUUAAACUCUUCUAAUAAUAAUAUUAAUGUUAAAUUAUCCACUAUAAAUGAUUAUCUUCUUGAAGCAAUAAGUUAUAUUUGUAAGUGGGAUGCCAAAUGGCUACAGAAGUAUAAAAUCUCUGAUCAAAUGCCACCAUUGGUUAAUGCUAUACAGAAGAUGAAGAGUCAUUUUGAAAGCCUUCAAGACUAUUUAUUAACUUUAAAAUCAUUAUUUUUGUAUGAAAUUUGGUCAAGUAUAAUGCAAUCUUAUCAUUUGCUAGAAAAAAAAAUUCCUAGCUUGGAAUCUUUUAUCUAUGCAGAAUCAGCUAGUAACUCUCCUUUACUUAGAUUAACAGUCAAAUCUUUAGAUAAGGAAUUUACCUCUCUAAACAAAAAUUUAUCAACACCGCUAUGGUGUUUAACAUGUAUUUUAAAACUUGAUCAAAAGCGAGACCAUAAUGUAAGAUUUCCAGAUUCUGGUGAUCUUUUAUUAUUGACAACAGAAAUUAAUAAAAACACCAAAAAUGUAUUUUUUGCUUAUACUGAUGGAGUUUUAAACUCAAUCAGUCAUGAAGGUAUGAAAAAAAAACAAAUUAUUCUUUCAUUAUUAAUCACUGAAAAGUCCUUUAAUAUUCUUGAAAAUACUCCCGUUCAAUGUUUGAGCUUAUUUUAUGUAUGUGCUGAACUUCGAUUAUUUCAAUCAAUAUGCAGUGUUUCUAUAUCCCCAUUGCAUAAUGCCAUUGCAAUGCCUUCUUUACACAAAAAUACAAAUCCUACUUUUACUUUUAUAUCUGAUGUUAUGAAAAAAAAUAUGGAAAAUUUAGAUUGCAAUCAAAAAAAAGCUUUAAUGAUUGGUGUAGGACUUGGCUUGUCACAAAAUUCAGAUAUUUGUUUGAUCAAUGGAUUUCCUGGUACUGGAAAAACACAUGUAGUUAUAAAUAUUGUACAGUCUUUAAUUUUAGCUAAAGUUUUAAAUAAAAAAAGUACUAAAGUUUUGUUAUGUGCUUCUUCCAACAUUGCUGUUGAUGAAUUAGUACAAAGAUUGUUAUUUAUUAAGGAAAAAACACCUCAUUUAAAAAACAUAAAUUUAGUUAAAGUUGGAAAUAAAAAUUCUGAAAUAUCUUUGGAUUCGCUAGUUAAUAAAAAAAUAGCUGAAAUAAAUGAAGAUUCUAUGGUAUGUGCAGUAUUUAAAUAA